AUGUCGACGCGCCCACCCUCGCGCGUUGUUUUUGUUGGCAACAUCCCAUACGGACUGUCCGAGGAACAAAUCACCGACAUCUUCAGCGACGCUGGCAAGGUUGAGCGUUUCCGCCUAGUCUACGACGCCGAGACAGGUCGCCCCAAGGGCUUCGGUUUUGCCGAAUAUCCAGACACAGACUCUGCUUCCUCGGCCGUCCGAAACCUCAACGAUCACGAAAUCAUGGGCCGCAAGCUUCGCGUCGACUUUUCCCACGAGCAAAAGGUCGCCGACGACGAUUACACACCAGUCAGUUGCAUCAAACCUUAUCCCAACGAUCUCUUUGAGCUGAAACAUGAAGCAAAGACGCUAACAAACAUUUGUUUCCAGAACGCUACCACUACCCUAAACGGAGCUUCACACAUGGCCCAGCCGCCUUCGUCUCUGCCGCCGCUGCCCCCGGGCAAGGAUAUACCCCCGGGACUAACCUGCACCGAUGCCAUCUCCCGCACGCUCAACACGCUCCCACCCGCGCAACUCCUCGACAUUCUCACGCAGAUGAAGGCGCUAGCCUCGUCAGAUCCCCAACGCGCAGCUGAGCUCCUGCAGCAGGCGCCGCAGCUCUCGUACGCCGUCUUUCAGGCUCUGCUGCUCAUGGGUCUUGUGUCGCCCGAGGCAAUCCAGUCGGUCGUCGAGCCAGGCACCGCGCCAUCCGCGCCUCCUGUGCAGCAACCUCCGGUGGGCUAUGGCGCGGUACCGGGCUACCCGCAGGUGGCCGCGACUAACACGCCGCCGGUAGGUGGUGCCGGCAUGCCGUUUGCCGCGCCUGCUGCCGCCGCCGGGCAGGAUACAGAAGGUCUUAUGCGCGCGUUGAUGGAGCUUCCGCAGGCGCAGAUUGAUAUGCUGCCCGAAUCGGAACGACAACAGGUCAUGGCUCUUCGCUCAGCGUUUGUCGGUCAAGCAAGACGAUGA